AUGUUGCCUCAUUAUCACCUUCUACUGGAUGAUGGUAAACGGUCGAGGGGUCUGAGUAUCAUUACUCUGAAAGGCGUCCUUGAGCCAGGUGCCCGUGUCACCCUGGUUACUACUGCUUGCUACUCUGGAGGAUGGGCCAUUAUUCCUGAGCUGAACAGUACUGCCAUUACGGCUGCUGGUGCCGAAGAAGAAUUCAACCUAGGGCACUUCUAA